AUGAACCAUAUGAAGCAGCAAAGGCCUCGGUUGGCUGAAGACUCAGAUGGUGAGUACAAUCUCCGAAGAAGCAAGCGCAACUCGGUCGGAGAGAGCUCAAUCCAUUCGCAAAACAACACGCUGGCUGAGUCGAGCAGCUCGCGAAGCCGGUCUGAGCCUUUGAAUAUGGUGAGUUCGGUCCAAGCAAACAGCGAUAUCAGAGAGAACGAUUCCGUACUCAAUAUGGCCAAAACUCGUCGCCUGAGUGUUGAAAGUGGCAAAGCUUACCAGUCACUCCACGGAUCAUAUCCCAAAUCUUCGGUGGACAUGAAUGCACCCUCCACUAACAGCAUGAAAAUGAAGGAUCUCUCCAAUCACCUGGAUGGCAAAAGCGUGGAGAAAAAAACGCGGACUGAGGUUUUGCCAGACGACUCAAUGACUAUUGUCGUCCUAAAGAAAGCCAAAAAGCGGCUUACCGAGCAAGCCCGCGAACUCAGGAACGAGAACAAGGAAUACAAGGCAACAAUUGAAGCCUUAGAAGAGGAUAUAGAGCUCCUACAGAACGACCGAGGAGAACGCGAGGCCAGAUUUCAAGAGGCCCAGGAGGACGCUCUUAAACUGUUGAAGAGAGAUGCGAUCGAUGCAUUGCCGGAUGAUCGGGUGCAGGAAGAACUCAAGAUCAUCUUUGACAGGUGCAGACGGUGGACGAAAAAACACGCCGGGACUCUUCCUGUGGACCGUGAAGGAAUCAAGGAAUCAAUCCGAGUCAUGCUUCACGGAAAAAAUGACAGAAAGUCUGCAUCCACUGAAGGUCUGCAUGCUGCGUUGGACGGGGUAAUUAACAUACGGCACGUCAUAACAGCAAUGCUAACACGCCACCUUAUUUUCAACUUCUUCCAUCGACCCUUUUUCUACCUUCAGAAUUGUAAACAGGGAGGCCUUCAGAAAAGCACGGAGAAACAACUCCUCCACGUGCAAAAAAUGGGCACCAACAGUGGAGAGAAGAUGCAGCAUCAAUGGCGUGCUAUGACAACGCGUAUGAUUAGCGCAAACACGGGCGAUAUCACAGAACAGGGUACCAGCACCGCCCCCACACUUAUUCAGAGUUUGAAGAACGAUGCGUAUGCAACGUUUGCGGAUCAGGUUGUCACCACCUGCAAGGCGCUGUUGCGGGACAUCGACGAUGAAGAGGCCACUGUGAGACGCGCUGAGCUAAGGGGUCUAUUUGAACGUGCCGGGAAUCUAGCUUGCCAUCUGCAUGGCCAGCAUGUCAAGAUACAGGUCCUGCUCUCACCUCAAGAAAUUGGAAAUUUCCAUGUGAAUUCCAAGAUUAUGGAAGCCCACACCACCAUGGACAUCGAGGAGGACGAUCAUAGUUGGGAUGGUAAACCGAUCGACCUUGUUAUGCAUCCUGGUCUGUUAGCCUAUGGUAAUGAAUGCGGCGAGAACUAUGAUCAAUUCAAGGUGUGGUCAAAAGCAGUGGUAUGGAUGCACAAGCAGCAAGUCAAGUCUCGGGCCAUGGGACGAAUAUCAGACAAAGCUAAGCCUUUAGGUGGCCCCCCUAUUGAAAGGAUCGCUUCAGAUCCGAGAACAGCCGUACUCAUUAUCGACGACGAUAACGGGCAAGUCACGAAACAUAUAUCGGAAGGAAGUGGUGAGUUGGCAGAAGGAAGAGGGAAGAGACGACAACCCAUGGGAGAUGACCACACCAAGCAGCAAUCCACCAGCACAAGUGGGCAAUUCGAAAAACAAAAACACACUGGCACCCUCCCAGGUCCUCAAAGCAGUUCGAAAACCGGUACCACGCAACCAAAACACCAACCAUUCAUAUCAGAAAAUGAGGAAUCGUCCAAGACGAAAAGUGGGAGCAACACUCCGAGAAAGCAGGCCAAACCCUCGGACACUGAUCUCAAGCCUCAAAACAAGAAGCCAGCCAAAGAAGCAACAGGCAAAGAUACUAAAACCAGUAUCGAGAAAGGGGUAUCCUCAGGGAAGCGGAGUUGGAGCAACGAUGAAUAUUCACCUGGUGUUGAAACUCGGCCAAAGAAGCGUGCUUGCUAG